AUGGAGCGUGCAUGGACCACGUCCAUCAAGCAAGUCCGGCCUGGCGCUAACGAAGUGAAGCUCCCGAGUCCCCACGACGAUCGACGUUCGCAAUCCCUCGACGAAGCUCUGACCAUCCUGCCGAAUAUCAACUGGGGUGUAACAUUUGAUGAUGUGUGCCUGACUGAGCACUCCAAGAAAUUGGGGACCAACCAACAGCUCGGACUCAAGAUGCAGUCGCGCACCUUGCUUCGACGGCUGCUCAUCCUCCGCCCCUCGAAGCCCUCGAAUCCUGCUAUCUCAUCCCGUCCGUUCACAAGGCACACCAAUCUUGCCUCCCACACUCGACCGCAGCUACCCUUCCUCUCCGUCCCCUUGACCAGGAACCACCAGUUCCGCUACCUCACAACCGAGCGCAAACGAUGGCUGGCAUACGAGGUAUUCCUGGGAGCCAAAUACACAGUCUACAUCUGGGCCAUUGUGGGCUUCUCCGUCGUCGGGUACUGGUGCAUACAGCAGGAAUGGCUCGAGAGGAAGUACCCCACGCCAGACGAAUGGACAUUCCUCACGAGGUUACGCUUCAGACUGGCCAAGUGGGCGCCUGACCGGACCGACUUGAUCCAGACAAACUGGGUCCAGAUUGGAGGUUACGCCAAGAACGUUCUCGAGAGGCUGGAAGACAGGAGUAUCGAUGGCGCGGGUAUCCAAGAUCUGACCGAGGGCGGAGUCUGGAUCGAUGGGAUUGGCGAAUCCGGCUACGAUGUCACAGCAAAGAGCGAGCCCUGGAGGAGAGGAUAUUACGAGGCGUUGAUGCUCUGUGCAAAGUCUGCAGAGCAUCUUGACAACCACUUGGUGGACACGACACGGCACGUUGUAUUCCCGGCCGACCAGGUGUUAGGCCCGUCGAACCCCAACCCGAAGCCAAUCCCGCAUGGCUCACCAAGCGCUCCCCAUGAGAAAGACUGCGAACCUGCCUAUGAAGCCCCCGAGAUCUUCUACAUGAGAAUCUUGACAACAAGAGGCUUUACUCCAAAGCAGAAAAUGGACGCUGCAUUGGAUUACGCCUCAUGGCUUGACUUCAAGGGCAUACCGGACGCAUCCGAAAGGAUGUACGAGUGGGCACUGUCGCUUGCACACGAUAGCGCACUUCCCACACCCUUGCCAUACGAUCCCCAAUCAUAUGUCCUCCGAGACGAUGUGGGCCGGCCGUCUGCAAAUCUGCUCACUACCCUGACCGCAUUGGCUGCGCACAAGGCACGCAACGAGGACCUGUCCACUGCUCUCCCCAUCCUGAUCUCCAUCCUCAGGGCUUGUCGUGCUCUACCACGUCCACAAGCAACAACAGAAUCAUACGAACCCGAACUGACAGAAGAGGUCCAUGCGUCUCCCUGGACCAUGGCGAAUAUCGUUGGAGUCGGUAAACGCCUGAUGGUCCCGCCAUCAUAUCCACCACCUCCUGAUGACGGCGAAUCACCACCAGUCAGAGAUGCCAAAGAGCUCUGCGAAGAAGCGGGACUCAACCUGUAUAUCGGUGAAAUCAUAUACGCCGGCGCCAGCAAGGGCACCUCGUCUAGUCGGGAGGAUGGCCUUGCCUGGACACGCGAGGCAGUCGACCUAGCAGAAGAGCAGCUGUCCAAGCUCAGCCCUGACAGCUCGGAUGCCGAGGCCACCAAGACGUGCAAAGAGUGUCUGGGCAGUGGCCUCGAGAACUGGGCCAAGAUGGUGGGCCGACUAGCGCGAGAAGAGAGGGAGAGGGAAGCAGCCGGUCCAGACAAGGCCAGCGGUUGUAGCUGGCUGGGCUUAUGGGGCGAGGGUAAGGCCGAGACGACCGGGCGGUGGGCCGCGGAGGAACAUGUUGUCAAGGAGAGGAUGAGGAGGGCCGAGGAGAUACUGGAUGAACUCGAGGCUCCCAAGACUGGACUUGGUGCUAUAUUCUGGGCGUGA